AUGACCACUUAUGAGAAGAUUGUCAAGGGGGCGACCAAGGUUAAAGUGGCUGCCCCAAAGCCUAAGUAUAUUGAGCCGAUAUUGAUGGCUACUUCAAUGGACCACUCAAUUAUAUCUGCUGACAAUUUCAAUACGAUUAUGAGGACGUUACAACAGAGACUACGUGAUAGUUCAUGGUCAGUGGUCUACAAAUCGUUGAUUGUUAUUCAUCUUAUGAUUAGAGAAGGAGACAAAGAUGUCGCAUUGAGAUAUUUGGCUAACCAGGGCCAUUCAAUGUUGAAUUUGUCUCUGAGUAAUAUUGCUAGCAACAAUAGUGGUAAUUACAAUGCUGAUGUUCGAUUAAUCAUGAAGUAUUCCAAGUACUUACAUACCAGAGUCAAACAAUUUGAUGCCACAGGAAUUGAUUAUGUACGAGAUGAACGUUCGAAUAAUAGCACUACGCAAGAAGGUGGGAGAUUACGAUCAUUGUCCACCGAAAAGGGGUUAUUGAGAGAAACUGAAAGUGUUCAGAAGCAAAUUGAUUCAUUACUCAAGAAUAGUUUUAUGGAAAAUGAUAUAAACAACGACAUAGUUUUGACUGCUUUUAGAUUAUUGGUGAAUGAUUUAUUGGCAUUAUUUCAGGAACUCAAUGAAGGCGUGAUCAACAUUUUGGAGCAUUACUUUGAAAUGUCGAAAUAUGAUGCUGAAAGAUCAUUAAAAGUUUACAAGAAAUUUGUUGACCAGACAAAAUACGUUAUCGAUUAUUUACGAGUGGCCAAGCAUCUUGAAUAUGCUACUAAGUUACAUGUGCCUACUAUCAAACAUGCACCAACGGCGUUAACUAGCUCAUUGGAGGAGUACUUGGAUGAUCCAAAUUUUGAAGCUAAUCGACGUCAAUAUUUAGCAGAAAAGGGAAAUAAGCAGAAUGCCGAUAGUCCGAAGAAACCAAUUUUUGGUAACAGAGAUGAAACGAAGACAACCCCUCAGCAGACUCAACAACAACAACAACAACAACAACAACAACAAAAAGAGCUUUCCCAGCAACAGCUUCCACAACAGACUUUGAGUAACGGUGGUGCCAGUGGGGUUGAUAGACAUGCUUCCUUGGUGGUUCAACAAACUUAUAACCCAUGGAAUAAUAUUGCUAUACCAGUUUAUGCUCAAGCAUACACACAACAAUCUCAAGUUGAUCCAUAUCAACUUCAACAACAGCAGCAACAAGAACAAGCUCAACAGCAGCAGCAAGCACAAUUACAGGCUCAACAGCAACAACAAGCACAACAAUUACAGGCUCAGCAGCAACAACAAGCACAAUUACAGAUUCAACAGCAACAACAAGCACAAUUACAGGCUCAACAGCAGCAAGAACAAGCGCAACAGCAAGCGCAACAACAACAGUUGCAACAACAACAACAACAAUUGCAACAACAGCAACAACACACCUUUGGUCACCAAUCCAGAUUAUCGUUACCUCCAAUUAUUCAAGGACAACCCUAUCAGUCACCAAUGCAUACUUCAUAUACGGGUACUGGAUUCGGGGGAUACGGUAGUCAAACGACAUUACAGCCUCAACUAACGAAUCCUAUGCAACAACCAUUGCAACCCCAAAGUACCAAUCCAUUCUUGCAGCAACAGCAACAACCACAAUAUACCUCAACGCAGUUUCAACAACAAACACCUUUGCCAUUACAACAUCAAAAUACAAACCCAUUUUUGCAAAAAGCCCAGCAAGUGCAAACUGCUCCAGCUAUGCAGCAACAUCAACAGCCCCAAUUUACUCUGCAGUUUACUCAACCACAGAUGCAAUUACAGUCUCAAUCGAGUCCAGGAUUGCAACGGUCAAACACAAAUCCAUUUGCACGAAUUGUCACUGGUCAACAAAAUACACAACCUCAAGGAGGUUCUUUUUUCGGGCAACAGCAGCCGCAGCAACAACAAUCUAUCCCACCAUUGCAACAUCAAUCUACAAAUCCAUUUGCUCGUCGUACUUUUGACCCAAAUGUUGACAGCUUAAUCUAG